AUGGACUCAAAGGCUCUAUGCUUCAUAACCCACCAAGCCAUUUUCAACGCAGUUCGGUCUGGGGAACUUGAUAGGCUCAAGAAGCUACUGCAACAACAGAACAAGGGUGAAUCCUUUGAUGGGUCAUCAUCGCUUUCAGAACUCAUGUCACUGAAAAACGAUGCUGGAGAAACCAUGUUGUACAUAGCUGCAGAGCAUGGUUUUCAUGAUGUGUUCAGCUUCUUGAUCAGCUUAUGUGACUUGGAAGUCGUGAAGAUCAGGUCCAAAUCUGAUAUGAACGCGUUUCAUGCAGCAGCCAAGCGUGGACAUCUGAAUAUUGUGAGGGAGUUUUUGAAUACUUGGCCUGAGGUUUGUAAGUUAUGUGAUUCCUCGAACACUAGCCCACUAUAUUCAGCAGCUGUUCAAGACCAUUUGGAUGUUGUGAAUGCAAUCUUGGAAGUUGAUGUCAGUUCAGUGAUGAUAGUAAGGAAAAACGGCAAAACUGCAUUGCACAAUGCUGCUAGGUAUGGCAUCCUUCGCAUUGUAAAAGCACUUAUUCCUAGGGAUCAAAGAAUAGUGUGCAUCAAAGAUAAAAAAGGUCAAACUGCAUUGCAUAUGGCUGUGAAAGGAACCAGUACUUCAGUGGUGGAGGAGAUAUUACAAGCUGACCCUACUAUAUUGAAUGAACGAGAUAAGAAGGGUAACACAGCUCUUCACAUGGCUACAAGGAAAGGCCGUUCCCAGAUAGUGAGCCUUUUGUUAACCUAUACUGCUAUUAAUGUCAAUGCCAUCAAUAAUCAGAAGGAAACAGCUUUGGAUUUGGCAGAUAAAUUGGCAUAUGGAGAUUCAUCUUUGGAAAUCAACGAAACCCUUAGAGAAUAUGGUGCCAAGCAUGCUAGGCAUGUUGGCAAAGUGGAUGAAGCCAUGGAACUUAAAAGAGCUGUGAGUGAUAUAAAGCAUGAGAUGCAAUCACAACUUAAACAGAAUGAAAAAACUAACAAACGAGUUUCUGGUAUUGCUAAGGAAUUGAAGAAAAUUCAUAGAGAGGCAGUUCAAAACACCAUUAACUCUGUCACAGUUGUUGCUGUCCUUUUUGCCUCAAUAGCAUUCAUGGCUCUAUUCAGUUUGCCUGGUCAAUAUAGAAAGCAACAACCACAAGCAGGGAAAGCGAAUAUAGCUGAUAGUGUUGCCUUCAGUGUUUUCUGCCUUUUGAAUGCUACAUCUCUUUUCAUUUCUCUUGCAGUUGUUGUAGUUCAAAUCACUUUGGUAGCUUGGGAAACAAGGGCUCAAAAGCAGGUUGUGUCAGUGAUUAACAAGCUUAUGUGGGCUGCUUGUUCUUGCACUUGUGGGGCUUUUCUUGCAAUAGCUUUUGUGGUUGUUGGAGAUGAAACAUGGUUGGCUAUUAGUGUUACCCUUUUGGGAGCACCAAUUCUUAUUGGGACUCUAGCAUACUUGUGCUACUUGUUUUUCAGACAACAUUUUGGUAUGUUCCGCAGUGAUUCUCAGAGAGUAGUCAAGAAAGCAAGUGGAAGUAAAUCAUUCUCAUGGUCUUACUCAGCAAAUAUAUCAGAUUUGGAUGAAUAUAAUUCUGAUCUUGAGAAGAUAUAUGCUCUAUAAGCCUAGUAUGUUACCCUUGAACAGAUAUUCUGCCACAUCAGAGGAGAGUAAAAUGUUUGCAUACUAGGAUUCAGCUGCUUAAUUUGGAGUUAACUAUUAGGUUGUACCAAGAAAAUUGGUUGGAUUUUCUAAUACAUGUAAUUCAUAA